AUGGUUUUCGGAGCGUGUUGCUUGAAGGCUCUUUCCCCUCGAACUGCCAUCCACGAGGAUGACCUCGAUCGCUACGAUGCAUUCCUCUCCAACUUGCACGACUCUCACUUCCUUGACAUGUACCUCGAAAAUGGUCAAGUGAAAAUCGAUGUCUACGCUCACCCAUCUAACGAGCUGACCCUUUCCGAGCACUUUACUCCAAGCGACGUUGCCCAUCAAUAUUUCGCCCAAGAGACUGAGCGAGCCAAAGAAGCUCUCCAGUCAACAUCUGCGCAAGACCAGUCGGCACAAGAAUCUGCAGACACUUCGGGCGUUGAGGUGAGGGCAAUCUGUCCCCGUGGCGGCACUGUGUUGGAAAAAGAGGCAUAUGUCCUGGAUAAGCGCGUUUCUCGAUGCUAUCAGUUCUGUGGCACCAUUCGCAACUGUCGGGGAAAUAACGGUUGUCCACACUGUUAUGCUGUUCGACAAGGAUGCCUUUGGCAGAAAUGGUGCCGUUAG